AUGUCUGAAUGGGUUGGUCGGUACAACAUGUUUAAGCUAUUUAAUACUAAACAAGAUAGAGAUCACCUAGAAUGUGCAUUUCUUUAUGAGCUUAUUGUUGAUAAAUGUAAAAAGCUAAAACAUCUUAGUGUAAUCGGAGAAUACCACAAGGCUGAUAUGAAUGUGUCUUUGAUUAUUCUUCCGUCCCUCAUUGAUAUAGAACUUGGUAAUGUUAAGAUAGAUAGUGCUUUGGCACAACAGAUUACGUGCUUAUAUCAUAUCAAAUAUCUUUCUUUAUGGCAAGUACAUAUCUCAUGGGGAUUGUCAUUAUUCCCAACUACAUUGGAUGGAGUAGCAGUCGUUAACCUGCAUACUAUUGCGAAAAGAUGUCCAGUACUCACUAGCCUCAAGCUAUUCGAUAUUGGCAAAGUUAUGAGAUUUGCAUAUAUAUCGGAAUUACGUGAUCUGACAAUGUUAUUAUUAUUAAUUGAUGAUAUGUCUGUAGAUUAUCUUCGCAUAAUUUCAUCACUAUCUGACCUUCAAACGUUAGAUAUAGAGAUGCAAAGAGAUUCUCCCGUUCUAGAUAUAUCGUGUUUAUCCACGAUGAAAAAAUUGACAGAUAUUACCCUUCGAUGCAACGAAGAGAGGACUGUCUAG